CUUGUUUAUGUUGUAACCAUGGAAACAAAGACUCGCAAGAAAGCACAUGCCAGCCAUGAGAGAAGAUUAAUAUUUUAAUGUCUGGAAAUGGAAGCCAACAAGCAGCAUGUUCGAUGUCAGAAGUGUUUGGAAUAUGGACACUGGAGCUACGAGUGCACUGGGAAAAGAAAGUAUUUAUACAGACCCUCCAGGACCACCGAGCUGAAGAAAAAAAUAAAAGAACAACAAACCCCAGCCAACAAUGUUCCAGGAACUGGACCAGUAACACCAGUUGAAAAGAAGAUUAAGAAAAAGAGGUCCAAAUCUUCCAGCGGUUCCAGCAGCAACGAUUCAGACAGCUCCUCAAACGACUCAUCAGACAGCAGCGACUCUUCCAGCUCCUCGUCCUCCUCUGACGAUGAAGAUAGCAGCAGCAGCGACGGUGAAGACAGUUCCAGCUCAUCCUCUUCUUCCUCCUCCUCUUCUUCUUCAGCCAGCUCUGAUUCUGACUCUGAUUCAUCCAGCAGUUCUGACCAAGGCCCGCCGAAGAAAAGAAAAAAGAAAAAGUGAUGACAUUUUUAAUUAGCAAUUUUAAUUGUUAUGUCAUGCUUCGAUCAUCCCGGGAAAAAAUCUCAAGUGAAAUUCCAUUUUCCAACCAACCUGCUGCCUCAUUUUAAAAACAGGACUGAGCAGAACAGCAAAAAAGUGCCAUUUGGCUUUUAUUUAGAAAAGAGACAGACUGAAUGAGAAGACAUCCGCAGGAAAGACAUGAGCUGCAGCUCCUUCUGUUAACGAUUUUAAUUCAACUUUGCUCAAAUUGAAAACACCUAGAUAAAUGUCUUAAACUUGUUACUGCCAGAACAGCUCGGUGUAGAUUUGAGCUUUUUAUCCUGGUCUUCAUUGAUGUUCUUUGUAGCAACAGUUACAGUAUGACAACAGUAGUGUUAUUUAGAUUAAAUAGCAUGCACAAAUAUCGAUUACAAUGUAUUUGGCUGUAUGUGUUGCUAUGUGCAGCACAUUCAAGAAUUUAUAAUGUGGCUAAAGGUUUUAUCU